AAGAGACACAAGAGUAGGCUACUACAGCUACAUCUAAUAUUACGUCUCUUAUAGUCUGUAUUUUUCAGAAAUAUGACACUGACAAGAACAUUACUUCAGAGGACAGCACAAGGGGGUAAAAAAUUAAUAAAAUGGCUACAGAGGGAGAGGCUUUUGUCAAGUAAAAAACGAUGCCCUGUGUGCAACAGCAGAAUGAAACUCAAAAGAACCAACACGACCAAGGAUGGAUAUAGGUGGAGCUGUAGAAAGGCAAACCACAGGGGAAGGGGCAUCACACGAUCCAUCAGAGAGGGCUCAAUAUUCUCCAGGUCACACAUUACGUUAGCAUCAUGGAUGAAGAUUAUGCACAGUUUGUCGCAGGGUUUGAGGAAGAGACAAGUGGACAUGAUCGAGGAUGGAGUAUGUGGGAGCAGCCAAUCAUUGACCAGGGUGACUACACUGUUAAGAGAAAUCUGUGGUAAAGCAGUCAGGCGACUGGAGAUUAGACGGAAAAUGCGUAUAGGAGGGAGGAGAGCUUUUGUUGCCAUAGAUGAGAGCAAAUUCAGACACAAAAGAAAGUAUGGACGUGGACGACAUGGACACACCUGGAGAAGACGGUCUUGGGUCUUUGGAAUGGUGGAAGUCAAGGGAUGCCAAAGACGUCCCAUCUUAAAGCUUGUAAAAUAUCGUUCCAGGAAGCGACUGCUUCCAAUUAUCCAGAAGUACAUUAGACCUGGUAGUAAAGUGAUAAGUGAUAGCUGGAGUGCCUACAACAGGUUAUCACGUCAUGGUUACAUUCAUUAUCAAGUGAAUCACAGGAGACAUUUUGUCCACCCUGGGAGUGGUGCUCACACGCAGCAUAUUGAACGGGCGUGGCGAAAUUAUAAAGAGGACAUUUACAGAUACAGAGGAAACCUGACAGAAAAGGCAUUAAAGAUGAACUUGAGGUUUAUUGAGUGGAGCCACUGGCUUGGAAAGGAGCACAAGAAGGGUAUUCUUGGACGCCUGUUUAAAGACAUCAGAGCGUGCUACCACGUUUAAGUGAUGCUGAUGGGGUAAAUACUGCAGAUUUUCUAUUGUGUGAUUAAUAGUUUCAGUCUAUUUAAAAAAGAAAUAAAAUGAAAAAUAGACUCAGAGGCCACAUUACAAACCUAUCACAAAUUAUAAAGUAUGGUCUGAUGUUAAGUUUGUAAAUAUCUCUUUAUUUAAAUUCUUUUUGAUACCAUGUAAAAGGUACCUUCUUUUUACAGUAUAUUUUCAGCCUUCUUAAUGAGUAAAUACUGUUGUUCUACAUAGUAAUUGUAGCUGCCGAAAAAGUGGAGGAAAAUCUAUGACAGAUUAUAGGGUAAGAGUCUGGUAAUACCAUGGAAAUAAACAAGGCUUCCUUUUACAGUACAGUUGCACUUUACUUACUGAGAAUGUUUUAGUUAAGUUUCAGAACACACAUGGUAAAAGUUUGUGAUUUCAUAAAUGUAUAAACAGUAGCAAAAGAUGUGGUAAGAGUCUGGUAAUACCAUGGAAAUAAACAAGGCUUCCUUUUACAGUACAGUUGCACUUUACUUACUGAGUAAAUUGUAAAAACAUCUUCAAGAACAUACCCAGUAUGUGCCAUGACACUAG